AUGGAAAAUAACCUCAACUUUGCUCCUCAAAUGAGGGGAAAGUGGAAUCUUGGUGAUCGCGAGUACAGGGCGAUUCGAAUUCUCCUCAUCCAGCUUCCCCCAGAUUGUACAGAUAUUAGUGAGCAGGCAGACAGACUGCGUCUUCUUGCCUUAUCUCACAGUAUUUGUUAUAAUCAUAUUCCAUCUUUUUAUCUUGAUCAGCCGCCAGACUAUUUUCCGUCAGAUCGUAAUGUUCCAUCUGUAAUAGUCUUCGACCUUGAUGAUUGUUUCGAAACUUUCAAGCUGCCUGGUUAUUGUGUCAUUAAUCAAAAGACAUGGAACCCGGUAGAGCUAUUCAAUGCAGAAAUAUCUAAUCAUUUGCAGCGAGCUCUUGCAUUGCGUUCAUAUUAUGAGUAUAGAAACUACAGAACUUUGUAUUUUACUUCUUUUAUUUUAGUAACAGACUUUCCAUUAACGAUAGAUCCAUUUAUUUUAUACCAUAUACCUGUUCUUAGGAACGGAGCAGUUACAAUUCGAACGAAUAUUCAAGGAAACUUAAAUUUCAUCCUUGAUUAUCCGUACAAACCGAAAGAAAACACUUAUAUAUUAAUUCCACCACAUGAGCAUGCUUUUAAGGUCAUGGCAUCUGAUUCAAAAGAAGCUAUCCUUAAAUAUGUCGACUUAACAGAACGAGUUAUUCAAUGGAAGGAAACUCCAUUCGUUUACAUGACUUCUCCUAACGUUUCCAUUGGAAAAUAUUAUACAGACAAUCCAACUAAAACUAACAAAGCCACUUCUGAAGCUCCUAAAGUAGAGCAGAAAAAAAUAUUAAGCAAUUUUCAACCAGAAAACUUAAUUGAAGUUAGCGAAAAAGAUAUUGAUGACUUCUUUCAAAAUAUUUACGCUGAAAAAUCCGAUGAUUCUACUGCAAACGGAAAAGAUGAAGAAUUAUACUUAGCUUUUCCUGAUUUGACGCCAAACGACGUAAUAUCAGAGUUAAUAGAGAACCCUGACGAAAGGAAAUGCGUUGCCAAAGCUCUUUCUACCCCAGAAAUUUUCCCAGAAAAACCACAAGUCAUUACAUUACUUGUAGCCAACUUUUUGUCAACCCACAGAUUCGACUACGGUUUCGGCUCAACAUCUCCGCCACCAGGAACUACAGAUUUCGCUGAAUAUUCCGAAUUUGAAUAUCAGCAUUUAGGAACUCCCCAAGUUUGUGUCCUUCAAGAUCGCAGCGUAAUUAAAGUAGAUUCGACUCGCGUUGUCUUUGAUUGGGACGAAAAUCUUUAUCGUCCGAUAUCCGGACCGAAAAGUGCUUCAUAUGUUGUUUUCUACGACAAGCAGUUCACGGAGAACGAUGUUCGCACGUUUUUCAACCAACUUAAGAACAUUUACACCAGUUUCAAUUUUGGCGAAUUAUUUGAGUAUCCAAAAGGAGCCUCGUACUUCUCCUGCACUCCGGAGCAGAUCCCACAAGCCGUCGAAACCUUCUUCAAGCAGAAAAUCCAAACACAGUUCCAAAACGAGCCAUUAAUGACAUUUAUUGUCGGAGAUCCAAUUUUUUCAGCCGAUUUUAAUCCGCAUUCUAUCGUUUCCUACAUCCGACCAUCGGCCAUCCACUGUGCAGACACCACGGAGAUAAAGACUAUUGCAUUUGUCGUUUACUCGCGUGUUAGAGUUUUCACUCCACGGCCUUUCGGAAUGGUUUUCCUGGCGAACAAAGAAAUUGCAGCUUGUUUCUUCGGAUACAGGUAUCAGCCUCCGUCUUUCCUCACUACGAACGAGCACGUCGAGUUGGGAAUGCACGUGUGCUGGGACCUGAGGGUAGGAUUAACAGCAUGGGUCGAUGAAAUUGGUGCUGUUAUGCAUGUUUUACCGGUUUCAAAUAUAGACAGACUCUUUCAAUUUUUGAGAGAACAAACAUCAUUGUUUAAUACAUCAAAAGUUAGAAUAACAAUAUCUAUAUUAGCUGAAGGUAUUUCCAAACCAUUGCUCGAUGAACUCAAGAUGAAAUCCAUGCAACUGAAUUUGCCAAUAACCGUUUUCUCUGUUUAUCCAAGUGCUACGAUACAAGUUUCGUUUAAAGAAGAUUUCAAGGACGAUGUCAUUGUUUACUGCGAUGUUGAGUAUGUUGAAGAGGUCUGCCCUAACCCUGCAAAGCCUUACGCUACUUGUUUCGUUGUCUCAAAGCAGGAACAGCCUUAUUCGAUAUCUUUGUUCACAGAGUCUUUUGAUCCGAGAAUGACUUUGUUCGAUUACGCACAAAAUAUGUCUCAUCUUUCUUGGCUUUCCGUCAAACCAACAAUGGAAGGAAGAACAAUUUCAUACCCACCACAUAUGAUGGCUUUGCUAAGAAAGGGUAAUGGACCUGUUGCUCAGAUUAGUCAAUUAGAAUUCUUACCUUCAAAGGAAAAGAUUUAA